UGUGGGCUGCCAACAGCAGCAGGGAAGCACCAGCUACCAUGGCUUGCCAUUUAUAAAAACUUCUGGAGAUAAGGGUCUUAUUUUUAGGCAGAGUGGUAGCUGGCUAUUCCAGUAGGCUCAAGCAAUGAUGAUAAGGACCUGGCAUAUGAACAACAGAGUAAGACAUCUCAUCUUAUCUUGCACUGCCACUUUUCUCCUCACUUCCCCUGUUGCAGCAGAAAGCGGUGCCAAUUGCUUUAGGAGGAUUCAAAUGAAAAUCCUUAGAAGUAGCCCUCAGACUUCUUUCCUUUCCUUCCUUUCUCUGCUUUUUCUGAGUCAUGCUCUUCUCUGCUAACUUAGAGGCAUGAAGUAGCUGGAAGUCUUUGACUAGGGCUGGCAGGACACAUGCAGACAUGGCUCUCUGAAUCCUGAUUUUGGUUUUCCUGAGAAGCUGCUGAACUGAUUUCCUGUGCUGGAGGUAGAUUUUGCUACUUGCUGGGCUGGUUGUAGUGAUUCAAGCGCAUCCUCUGGAUGUAGCUGAUGCUAUUCCCAUUGUGUAUUAACACAAGUAAGAAGAGAAAUCUAUCAUAAAAAAAAUCUGCGAACAUGGUGUUAAUUAUAUUGUUUUCUGUGUUGAAAUCUUGCAUUUGUAAGCCUCACCAUCUGCAUUGCAGCCACUGCAUGUGGGAAGCAUGGAAUGUGUCUUAUCAGACACAGAGUGUGCACAGCAAAGGACAUCCAAAGGUUAUGUUGUCAUCAUGUCAAAUGGGUCUGUUUAUUCUGAAUGCUGUAGAAGCAGAGCUUAAUCAGAGCAUCAGCCAUAUGCAGAUUUGAAAUUAGAUUUUACAAUAACCACCUGUCUGCUGUUCUGAAUCCAUCAGAUUCUUUGGGUUAGAGCAGUGUUUGCCUAGUGAAUAUAUUUGCUGAGAGAAUGUAAUCUAAAAGCCUUCAUGUGACAGCGUAAAAGGCACCUAAAUGCAUGUAUAUGUAUGAGCAUGCAGUGGCGGCACAUCUAUUUUGCAGCUUUGUACUACAGUCUGCUACUAAAGCAUGUGAAUUAAUUCCUUGUAAUAAUCAAUAGCAUUAGUGAAACCUCAUGUAAACUUCAUUCUUUUGCUCUCCUUUUGGGUUCAUGAUGCUUAUAUGUGCCAUCCAAAGGGCCUGUUGCCUCAGGAAGAAGAAGAGCACUGACUCUGUGGACGUGCCAGGUACACCACAGAGAGCUCCGGUCUGUGAGAGAGGAUGGCCGUGGCAUCGGGUCUUCCUCUCUCCUUUACGUUGUCAAAGGAGACAGUUGGAACCAAUAAAUGAGGGUCUGCUCGCUAGAAUCUCGGAUCUCUUGCUGUGCCGGUGGACUUGUAGAAAUUGUUGUCAGAAGUGUUUCGACUGUAGCUGUUGUCAAACAAAUGAAGAUGAAGUUGAAAUCCUGGGACCUUUUCCUGCUCAGACUCCAGCCUGGCUGAUAAGCAGCCAAAAUGAGGAGAAAGAUGGAGACUCUGAUAAUACAAUCAGUGAACUGCCUCCCACUCUUCAGGAUGUUUCCCCUGACAGAAGGCGGUCGUCUUCAGAUGCAUCACGGUCCACUUACAGCCUCACCAGGCGGAUUUCAAGUUUAGAGUCGAGGAGGCCAAGUUCUCCAUUAAUUGACAUUAAACCUAUUGAGUUUGGAAUAAUAGGAGCCAAGAAAGAAAUAGUUCAGCCAACUAUCCUGCGGAAAACCUAUAGCCCAGAUGACUAUUUUAGAAAAUUUGAACCAAGACUGUACUCUCUUGAUUCGAAUAGCGAUGAUAUGGACUCCUUGACAGAUGAGGAAAUCUUAUCAAAGUACCAGCUGGGCAUGCUGCACUUUAGCACUCAGUAUGACCUGUUGCAUAAUUACCUAAUAGUGCGAGUCAUUGAGGCUAAGGACCUGCCUCCCCCGAUUUCGUACGAUGGCUCCAGGCAAGAUAUGGCUCACUCCAACCCCUACGUGAAGAUCUGCCUGCUUCCAGACCAGAAGAACUCCAAGCAGACUGGAGUUAAGCGCAAAACUCAGAACCCGGUGUUUGAAGAGAGGUACACAUUUGAAAUCCCAUUUUUAGAAGCCCAGAGAAGAACUCUGCUUUUAACCGUAGUGGAUUUUGACAAAUUCUCGCGCCAUUGUGUUAUUGGCAAAGUGUCAAUGCCCUUGAGUGAUGUAGACCUUGUGAAAGGCGGUCACUGGUGGAAAGCCCUUGUUCCUAGUUCUCAGAAUGAAGUCGAGCUGGGGGAGCUGCUGUUGUCACUAAACUACCUACCCAGCGCAGGAAGACUGAACGUGGACAUCAUUAGAGCAAAACAGCUUCUUCAGACAGACAUGAGCCAAGGUUCAGAUCCCUUUGUGAAAAUUCAGCUUGUUCAUGGAUUGAAGUUAACCAAAACCAAGAAAACCUCCUGCAUGCGAGGAACGAUAGAUCCCUUUUACAAUGAGUCCUUCAGCUUCAAGGUUCCCCAAGAAGAACUGGAAAAUGCCAGCUUGGUGUUCACAGUGUACGGGCAUAACGUGAAGAGCAGCAACGACUUCAUCGGGAGGAUUGUCAUCGGCCAAUACUCCACGGGUGCCCCUGAGUCCAACCACUGGCGCCGGAUGCUCAACGCGCACCGGACGGCCGUGGAGCAGUGGCACAGCCUGCGCUCCCGGGAGGAGUGUGACCGCGUCUCCCCGGCGUCCCUGGAGGUGACAUGAGCUGUGGCACCAGCAGCAGCCAAACUGAGCAGGCGGACGAGGUGGGGGAAAACAACCCCAACCACCAAAACACCCAACCUCACACCCACCCCACAGCAGCUCCAUUGGACUGAAGCGGCUGCCGGUCCCCGCCUGGCUGCACUGGCCUCUGUGCAAACCUCCGCAGCACCAACCAUAUCCCACUGGGUCCCAUGCCAGCAGCUCCCCUGGGGCCACCAGCGGCCUGGCCAGCCGGACCUGUUGCUACCCGCGUCCGGUUUCACUGUUUUUUAGCGAUGGAGAGCAUCGUCCAGAGGAGGGCGGGCUGCAGGCGGAGGUGUCACUGGACAUGCCGAGAUGGGGAAGAGUUUUGAGUUGCCUCUGCUCUCCUUACGGUCCAAAUCCAUGACUCGUCCUCUCGGAGAUAUACGUACCUGUGUGCUCUCAUUGGUGAACGUGGUAAUUAGGCUAGGAUGUUUUUUUAAAUGGUAGAAGCUGUGGUGAAAUCGAUUCUGGCUCCAGUUUUGUCCUUGUACUCGUUUCAACAGAAUUAAGCUCUUGUUAGUACGUGCCAGGCACACGCAGCCCUGUGCACGCGGGUCUGAUGUACCGUCAGCAGUAAGGUCUGCCACUCUCCAUAGCAGUCUGUGUGUGUCAAGUAGAUACCGUGAUAUAGCGAAGUAAACGUCUCCAGUAGCACUUAUACUUUCCAAUACUUCCCUGUGUUGUGCAAAAGAAACCUGCUGUGGGGACUUUUGCAGUUAAAAACACCCAAAAUGCACAGUUUUAACUCCUGACAGACUGCAGUGGCUCUUUCUGUGUUGUGUGUGUUAACCAAGGUAGUUUUUGAGGUCACCACGUGAACUUAGCUGCAGUCGGGCUGUCCUGUUGGUUGCUUCUGUACAUUUUUCUUUUUUUUUCCACAGCAUAUUGUCUGGUAUGAUGCAGAUUGUAUAUUUAUUGAAAAUAAAAAUCUAUUUAAUUGUGCCAUGCA